UUACUACGCAUUUGUCAGUUAUAAUUAUACUUUUGAAAGUAAGUAAUUUUUUACACAUUUAAAAAAACAAGACGUAUUUAUAACGGUAAAUACCGAUUAUUUUUUAAAGGUGCUUGUACAGAAAUUUCAAAAAGAAUUUUGCAAAUAUUUAAAACUUAUUUGGUGGCGCAAAAACAUUGUGUCCUAAGGUCAAUGUUAUGGCGGAGUUGACUGAAAAAAUGAAAGUGAGAAUUUCGAACAAAAUGGAAUGGUUUUAGCCCAUGCACUGCCUUUUUCUUUCAACCGAUGACUAAACUGCCACAACUACCAAGGCGAUUAGCUUCAAACGUCCACCAUGUCUAGUUUUUCCCCGUUUACACCUCCAAUUGUCAAGCGUCUGUUGAGUUUGAAAAAAUGUGAUUCAGAAAAAGAAGACAAAUGGUCAGAGAAAGCUGUCAAAAGCUUGGUGAAAAAACUUAAGAAAACAGGUGGACUAGACGAACUAGAGAAAGCUGUAACCCAGCAAGAUCCAUCCACAAAAUGCAUAACAAUACCAAGGUAUCCCCUAGAUUCCCAAAUAUCCCUCGACGGCCGACUCCAGGUAUCUCACCGCAAGGGUCUCCCUCACGUCAUAUACUGCCGGCUGUGGCGCUGGCCGGACCUCCAGUCGCACCAAGAGUUGCGGGCCCUUGACCGGUGCGAGUACGCGUACGCACUCAAGAGGGAGGAGGUGUGCGUGAACCCGUUCCACUACACGCGUCUGGAGAUACCUGAGGGUCUGGACAGUAACAGCAACAGCAUGAUGAGCCUGCCUCCUGUGAUGGUACCCCGCACCACAGAGAUACCCAGCAAGCUGCCCGAGUUGGAGAACUAUGCCACAACCGUCCCAGAAAACACGGAGUUUCCAACGGGACUUGGCGAGAACUUCUCUAUACCAGACACACCCCCUCCAGGAUAUAUCAGUGAAGACAAUGACAAUGCAGACAACCAAGGAGAUGUGGACAUGUCUCCCAGCCCUACCAAUCAGAAUCAUCUGGAUGCACAGCCAGUCACAUACAGGGAACCAACGUUCUGGUGCUCCAUCGCUUACUACGAACUGAACACAAGGGUGGGAGAGACAUUUCAUGCAUCGCAGCCCUCUCUGACGGUGGAUGGCUUCACAGACCCAUCAAACUCUGAGAGGUUCUGUCUGGGACUGCUGUCAAACAUCAACCGGACCCAGCAGGUGGAAAUGACUCGUAGACACAUAGGUAAAGGUGUGCGGCUGUACUACAUUGGAGGCGAGGUGUUUGCUGAGUGCCUCAGUGAGAGUGCGGUGUUUGUCCAAAGCCCAAACUGUAACCAGCGGUACGGCUGGCAUCCAGCUACAGUCUGUAAAAUACCUCCAGGUUGCAACUUGAAGAUCUUCAACAACCAGGAGUUUGCAGCCCUACUUGCCCAGUCAGUGAAUCAGGGCUUUGAGUCUGUGUACCAGCUGACCAGAAUGUGCACCAUACGCAUGAGCUUUGUGAAAGGAUGGGGAGCUGAGUACAGACGCCAGACAGUGACCAGUACCCCCUGCUGGAUAGAGAUCCACCUCAAUGGCCCUCUACAGUGGCUGGACCGUGUACUCACACAGAUGGGCUCCCCUGGCCUGCCGUGCUCCAGCAUGUCAUAAUCUCAUCUGUACACAGUCACGGAUAACUUGAACUACCCAUGUGUUGUGGUUUAUGAUGUGAUUUUCCUAUGUUUGGAGAAUCGGUUAAUAGAGUGUGUCAUGUUCUGGGCAUAAUGCAUGCGCGUAAAGUGUCGUUCCAGAUUAGCCUGUGCAGUCCGCACAGGCCAAUCAGGGACGACACUUUCCUCUUAAACUAGAUUUUUUGUAAAAAGGGACUUCCUUUAAAAGAAGAAUACCAUUAAAGCGGAAAGUGUCGUCCCUGAUUAGCUUGUGCGGACUGCACAGGCUAAUCUGGGACGGCACUUUACGCACAUGCAUUUUGCCCAAUUUUCACACAUUCAGACACAUAGGGUGUCCUUCUCGUACACAAGUCAUGAACAUCUUGCUCUAAGGAGUGUUUAUGGAAGGGUUGUCCUCCUGUCAGCUGAUUGACUCUUAUCCAGUGUCAAGACAACCCUACGAAUAUUUCUUAAUUUUUGUUUGAUGUAUUUAUAGACAAGAGUCUGGUGAACAUAGUUAGGGUGGUUUGAUGGUAAUAUCCCUUGAGGUGUUACGGAAAUCAUGCCUGGCGUUAUUUUUUAUUUUUUUAGAAAUCUGAGAUGUAGGAUGUCCGAAUCUUUCACAAUUUCAUAGCAGUGAUACAGAUGAACCAACGCUGGUAUCUAUUUAUACAUACAAGGAGGUGUUGUGAUGUGGUUUUGGCUUGGUAGCUAAGAUGCAGACCUUGAUUACAAAGUUCAUUUAAUGCAAUAUAAUUAUUUUGUAACAAGUUGAAAAUCUCAUAGUCUCAUUGUCACAUUUCUUGUUUUAAUCAAUUAAUAUUCAGCUGUAAGUUUACACAUACUAUAAAACUAAAACAGAGAUUCAAUAUGUCUUUUUGGUCAUUAAAUCAUGUGAUUAACCCUUUCAGUGCGGGAACCGGAUUUUGAAGGCCUUUGCAAACAGUUUGGAUCCAGAUGAGACGCCACAGAAUGUGGCGUCUCAUCUGGAUCCAAACUGUUUGCUAUUCUGAUAGUAUUCUUGAAAAUUUUGUGAAGAAAAUGCUUAUUUUAGAAAUUCAGCAGAAGACAUUUUAGCAGACGACAAAUUUCCCAGCAUGCAAAGGGUUAACAGAAAAUGUACAUAAUACUAUUAUACUGGAAGAAUAGUCUAUUGCAUUGUCUUGAAACAGCUCUUGGUAGUGAAACAGCAUUACAAUUAUCUGAACUCAUUUAUGUAUGUUUGGGGGGUCAUUAUUUCCCUUUACAUUAAAAUGAGCACAUUAAAUAAAGCUUAGUUAAGUAAUGGCUUUUUGAUAGUUUUCAUGACAUUGUCAACCUUGACCUUGAAAUACAAAAUCUUUGUCAUAGCAAAAAAUGAAUAAUCCAUACACCUGACAGUUUUUAUGUGGACUACGUGUGGACACUCUGACCUUAGUAAUUAUAAUAGGAAUGGCAAUGGCAACACUUGUAUGAAACUUUUCAUUGGUUUAUGAUGAUUUUCAUGUUCUCUGUGUGUUUAUAUUAACUGACAAAUGGUGCUGACAACGGUAAAACAAAGAUAUGGUACAAACUGACAAGUGAGAUUUGGAACAAACUGAAAAGUGAGAUAUCAUACAAACAUUUAAGUGUGAUGCAUUGAAUUGAGAUAUGGUGCACUAUUUGAAAGUGAGAUAUCAUACAGACAUUGAAGUGAUAUACAUUAAAGUGAUAUAUAUGGUACAUAGUUUGAAGUCAGAUUGGUACAAACUUGUAAACAGUGCCGAUUGAUUCUGUUUGAAGAGAUGAAAGCUUCUUCAGAAGUUACAAUGAAAAACAAUAGUUUGACCUUUCAAAUUGUAUGUCUUAGUUGCUUGAUUCUUCAAUUGACUUAUAAAGGCUAUUGACAGGUAACAGUUUAAUGUUUUAUCCAAAACAAGAGCAUUUGUUAAACAAAACUGACUGAAGUUUUAUGUCAUAGAAAACUGUAUGUGCAUUGGGAACUAUGAAAUAAUUUUUCAUAAACGCUUUUUGUGACAAUGGAAGUAUUGAGCAAGUAAUGCAUGUUAUGCUUGGUUAAUAGGCAUUUUAUAACGUUGACAUGUUUAUAACUGAAUGAUUAUUUUAUGACAUCUGUGUUAAACAUGUCAGGGCGGUGAAUUUUGCAUAGAAAUCUUUGGAUGUUACUUAACAGGGGUACUUUUGAAAAUGGGAGGAGAACAAAAUGAGGUUUAGGGUAUGAUAGCGAUUAAUUUAUAGAAUGGCUAUUUGACCACCGAGAAAGUGUUAUUGUUAUGGCCCAUUUCAAAGCAACACUGCCCACACCACUUAAUUAAGGUUUUUUGUUAGUAGUUUAUUUGUGCAGCCAAUCCAUCUAAACGAUAAUCAGGCGUGCAAAAAUGGCUGAAAGUUUAUGUGGAUAUGUUUAAAUAUGAAUCCUGAACAGAAAAUUAUGCUGUACAAGUAAAAUAAACAAAGGGAUGAAGGCAUUCACAAAUUCAUUUUAUUGUAAAGUGUCUGAACGGCAUCAGAAGAAAUGCAAAGUUUUGAUCUGUGAUAUGUUUAUCAAUGUUUCCACUGCUGGUUGAGUGCAUUGUCAGUUCUAAGGUAAUUAACUUUGGAUUUUGGCUGGGCCAUGUUGCUUUUUGAGAGUGCUAUGUUACAUCAGAGACCACCUGGCAAACUGUAAGAAGUACCUGCAGAAGUGGGCAUUAUUAGAUGGGAUAUUUUAUUCACAAGAAGCUGUCCAUUUAUCAAGGUGAUUGUCACUUAAUUGUGCUCAGGAGGCUUUAUUAUAGACAGUUAAAUUCUAUAAGCAAGCAGUGUAUUUAAAAGUGAUUUAUGAUACAACCAGUUCUCUCAAGAUUUGUAGCUGGUUUUGAAGCCAAUAUUCGCAGCCCUGACAUGUAGUUGAUAAGCUUAUUUUAAUACUAUUCAUGCUGUUAUGCUUUCAAUGGUGUAAAUUCACUUGAUGGCAUAUGCUUAAUGUAUUGCGAUAGUAAUGUUUUUCCCAAUUUAUAAUCUCUCAAAUAGUGUUACAGCAUUAAAUGUAUUUAUUGAGGCAUUAAAUGUACAUAUAAGGCUAAAAAACCAAUACAUCAAAUUUCAAGAGAAUGUUCAUUAAAUGGCAUUUUAUAGAAAUGUCAGGGGCUUGUAUUUAAGAUGAUAGGUAAAUAGAAUGUGUAUCAAAGUAGGGCUUGUUGUUCUUUAAGAUUGCCUGAUAUAUAAUGCUAGCAUUGUUGUUGAAUGUAGUGCAAUCCAGUGUGUUUAUUGUUGAUCACAAUGGUUUAAAAGAUAUUGAAUUGUUCACCAUAAUAAUGUUGUGCUGCCGGUUGUUUAGUAUGAAUGUGAUUUAGCCAUUGAUAAGUUGUAAUGUCACAUGGGAACAGGGUCAUUAUUACAAUUGGUAUCCUAUCCAUAUGCGGCCUGCGUAGCUAUAGACAAGCCUGCCCAUUUGUGCUGUUUUGGUAGGAGCUUCCCUGUCCCCUGUAAAUUCUGGUGUCACGGGGGGGGGGGUUUACCUGUGUGGACUACAUAGGCUAAUCUGGAAUGGCCCUUAACCCUUUCCCACUCAGAAGCAAAGUAAAAAUGGCUAUGUGCAAUCAGCAUAAAACCAGAAAAGCCUGCGAGUAACUUGCAGUCUGUUCAGGUUUUAUGCUGUCUGCUGCUCAUCAGUAUCUAAGGGUUGAAAAUGAAGCCUUUAAAACUUGAAUCUAGUAAGACAGGUCUUAAGUUAUAUUUAACUUUCUAAGUGACUUCAAUUGUGUAAAAAUACCUAUCUAAGUGGUUAAAUACGUGUCUAAUUAGUAAAGGGUUAAGUACGUAUCUAAUUAGUAAAGGGUUAAAUACGUGUCUAAUUAGUAAAGGGUUAAGUACGUAUCUAAGUGGUUAAGGGUUAAUACAAAUGUAGUAAGCCCAGUUUUCCCAGGACAAGGCUCUAAUGUAGAUCUUCCUCUUAGAUCUUCCUCUAAUGACGCUAGAGGUAGCUUGUUCAAAGUCUAGUAUUAAAAUGAAGUUGAAAGGAAUAUAAUUCUGGACUUCAUCUGUUAAAUAUAUUGUUUUAAAGUUUUAUGAAGCAUGAUCAUGUAAUGAAAGCUUGUUUGUUUAUAAAUGUUUAGAUGUAGAACAAUUAUUAUUAUGAUUGCUUUUUACAUGUCCAUGUUAUUUGCUUGUAGAUAAAUGUUUGUUCCAUUUAUACAUCAUAACAAAGUAAAAAAUACUUUAUUUUGAUAGCUUAUUUCCGCUACUAGAAAACUUUAUCAAUGUUAAAUAUCUAUGUUGGGAAACUGAUUUUAUUCUAAAAUUUGGCUGUGUUUUUUAUCAAUACUUUUGUUAAUAUUGAUAAUAGAUUUGCAGUUUUAAGAGUUGUGGCAUUAUGGAAAAUCCUAUUUGAAUUUUCACUUAAGUGAACAUUUUAGUGCACAUGUUCUAAAUAGCAUUGAUGAUCCAUUCUUUAUUGUAUGAUUUUUCAAAAUUUACAUUUUUUUCAUUCCACAUUUUUUACGUCACUGCAAACUUAACAAUCUUGAAAGAUUGACCAAAACUGGAAAAGGAUUUAUAGGUAAUGAGUUUAUUAUACUACCUUGAGGGUUUGACAUUGUUAGAUUGGGUGAAACAAAUUGUAAUGUGUAUACAUGUAGUGCUAUUUUAUAUGCAAGUUUUAAAAAUAACUUAUGCUUUGGAACUCCAUUAAACCAUUAAAUGAAAUAUGGGCUGGUAAUAGCAAAGCUAUUCUACUGAUGUGAAAAUUUCACAUCACACUCAGUGGAAAGUUCUCAGAACAUUUUGUACAAAAUCCAGUAUUAUCUGCAUAUUUGAGACAUAAAUAAUAAUUAAUUUUGCAGUAUUUACUUGUUUUUAUAUUUCCUUGUGAAAAUGUAUGAACACAGACUAACAAGAAAGCGGCAUUUUGCAAAUUUGCUUAACCUUUUCAGCGCUGGAACCGAAUUUUAAAGGCCUUUGCAAACAGUUUGGAUCCAGAUGAGACGCCACAGAACGUGGCGUCUCAUCAGGAUCCAAACUGUUUGCUAUUCUGAUAGUAUUCUUUGAAAAAAUUGUAAGAAAAUGCUAAUUUUACAAAUUCAGCAGACGACAUUUUAGCAGACUACAAAUUUCCCAGCAUGCAAAGGGUUAAGUGUUCCCAGAGGAGCUAAGUGAUUUGUAGUUACAGGCCUUUUACAUUUUGUAUGCGUACCCUUUUCUGUUUUCCAUAGAACGACAAUAUAAACUUUUUUAAAUUUCACAACCCACAUAAAGUUGAAAAAGCUCAUUGUUGAUUGAACUUUUUUAGUUAUAGUUUCAAAUAUUUAAAGUUGCGUUUGUACAAUUUCUGACUUUUGUUCAUAUGUUUACAUACCCAAGCAGGUCUUGCAUUACUUUCUUAGAAUUUAUUUAUGAGGUAUUUGUUCACUGUCAAAACUAUUUUUAAAAUAAUACUUAGAAUUUACUAAGACUUAGUGUUUAUUAGGCUUCCAAAAAAUGUGCAUAAGCUGAUAGGUUUAUGCCUACGAUUGUUAAAUCAACAGGUAGACUGUAUUAUAAGUGGUGUAUGCUUCACUCAACAUUUUAAACUGCGUUUCAUGUGUACAUUUUUAUGUAUAUAUGUGAUAUGAAAUGCUAUGUUAUGUGAUGACUGAAUAAACACCUGCAUACAUA